AUGAGCAGGGGCGUAUGCUCCUUGCUGGUCCUCUGCUCCUUUCUCUUCAGUUAUCUGAUCGUGUUCCCACCGGUUGUGAUGAUCGCCCGGCUAGACUUCUGCCACUCCAACAUCCUCCGUUGCUCCCCGCGAGACACCCGCUUACUGGAGCGGAUGGCUUUUCUCUUGUCUUUGGGGACGCUCCUCAUUACCUUGGUGCUAAUGACUGCGUCGUACACAGCCAUCGUUCGUGCCAUCCUGAGGCUGCCCUCCUCACAGCAGAGGAGAAAGGCCUUUUCCACUUUCUCCUCCCACAUGAUCGUGGUCUCCCUCACUUAUGGCAGUUGCAUCUUCAUGUACAUCAAACCGUCCGCCAAGGACAGGGUGCAACUGACCAAGGGGGUGGCGGUGCUCAGCAUUUCUGUGGCCCCCAUGCUGAACCCCUUCAUCUACACUCUACAGAACCAGCAGGUCAAGCAGUCUUUCAGGUCCAUGGUGCAACGGAUUGGGAUUUACUCCAGGAGCCCUUCGGUCCUCGUCCAUUCAGAGGGGAAUCUUGCCUUUUCCCUCCACAUAAUAGAGAUGUUCCGAGUAUUAAGCAUCACUGGGAACCUGACCAUCGAGACCCUCGCCUUGAUGGAUUUCCGCCUCCGCACCCCCAUGUACUUCUUCCUGCGCAGCUUCUCCUUGCUGGAUUUCCUGGUCAUCAUCGUCACCGGAGACAGAAUCAUUUCGUUUUCAAACUGCUUCUCUCAGCUGUUCUUCUUCAUCUUUCUGUGGGUGACGGAGUUCUUCCUCAUGGCACCACAUUCGUGCACAGACACCCGCUUCCUGGAGCUGAGGGGUUUCCUCCUGUCUAUGGUGCAUGCCAUCAUACGACUGCCCUCCGCCCAGCAGAGAAGAAAGGUCUUUUCCACCUGCUCCUCCUAUAUGGUAGUGGUCUCCAUCACAUACGGCAUCUGCAUCUUCAUGUACAUCAAACCGUCCUACAAGGACAGGGUGGAAAUGACCAAGGGGGUGCCAGUUCUCAACACCUCCGUGGUUCCCAUGCUAAACCCCUUCAUCUACAUGCUGCGGGAUGAGAAGGUCAAGCAGACCUUCAGGGACUUGAUUCAACGAGUUGGGUUUUCCCCUAGGAAGUGA